UGAGAUUGGCAGCAGAAGAAAGAGAGGGGCUAAUUGGUGGGCUGGCAUCCAGAGCAGGUGGGCGGGAUCUCAUAACAACAAUAAUAACAAUAAUUUGUCUGAGCUUCAUAGCGGCUGGGCCCUGUCUGCCCCUGUGCUAAUUGGAUCGCUCAAGGGCCCGGCUCCGGCGCGCUGGGGAGGCCCGUUCUUCAUCUUCAGGAAUGGGCGAGGUCACACACAGGCUGUGGGGAGAAACUGGGGGGCUGGGAGGGAGCAUGGGGGGUAGGCAGGUCUCCGAAGGUGUCACAGUGCAGAAUCUGGCUUCCUCCACAGCAAGUGGGAGGUGGGUCGGGGGCUGCAGCCCUUCCCCCACGCCUCUGAGAUCCUGGGUGUAGGACCCGUAAGCCACAGGCCCCCAGGGUCUGACUGGAGGGCUCAGCAACUCCUUGAGUGAGUGAGUGGGUGAGUGAGUGAGUGAGCGAAUGAGUGAGUGAGUGAAUGAAUGAAUGAGCGAGCGAGUGAAUGAGUGGGUGAGUGAAUGAGUGAGUGAGCAAGUGAAUGAGCGAGUGAGUGAGUGAGUGAGUGAGUGGAUGGGAGAGGAAGGGCCUGGGUACGUGUAGUGAACACCCUUCCUAACUCUUCACAAGGACCCCUGGCUCCUCCCUGCCUCGUGUGCUCACCCCUGGGGCACCUGCUGGUCAUCCCAGGGAGGAUCACAGUGCAGGGCAGUGGCCGGCAGGGCCCAGCUUCCAGGCCAGGGUAGCACCACUGUGGGCCGUGGCCUCACCCCGAUAGUUUGCUUAAAUCCCCUGGGAGGUGGUGUAACCCAGGAGUGUGCCCUGCUCCUGGCUCACCCCUGACUGGCAGGUCCAGCGGGAAACCUCCUGACCCCUCAAAAGUCAGAACAAGAAGGUGCGUCGUUUUUUGAGAGCACGAGUGAGCACACACUAGCUGGGGGAGGGGCACAGAAAGAGGGGGAGAGAGAGAAUCCCAGGCAGGCUCUGUGCUGUCAGCAGAGAGCCCGACUCGGGGCUCGAACCCACGAACUGUGAAAUCAUGACCUGAGCUGAAACCAAGAGUCGGCGCUCAACAGGUGCCUCCCAGGUGCCCCAGAAGAUGCAUCCUUGUCUUUCCAAGGCCUCUGCAAAUCCUCUGUGAAAACGUGGUUUCCUGCUGUGUUUGGAUUAACAUGCAGACUCCUGGCCAGGGCCUGUGUGACCUGUAUGUGCUCGGGCCUCAUUGUCCCUAAUGCUUCAUCUGCUGCCCCCAGGGCAGGCUCCAUAAUUUUUGGGACUCUGCAAAAUGAAGAGGGUUUCCUGCUGUGACUAAAACACAUCAAUGGGAGAAAAGCACGCGGAUUGUGUUUCCACAAACAUGGGAGCCCAAGCAAGAGAAGUGAACACCCAGAGAAGUUCGGAGGCCAAGGUGCUGCAGCCCCUGGAGGACAGAAGGGUCCCCCUGGAGGGGACUGGAGGACAGAAGGGGACCCAGACAUGGAACUUCGGGAAGAGGCCUGGUCUCCGGGGCCGCUGGAUUCCGAGGACCAGCAGAUGGCCAGUCAUGAGAACCCAGUGGACAUCCUCAUCAUGGAUGAUGACGACGUCCCCAGCUGGCCCCCCACCAAGCUGUCCCCGCCCCAGUCGGCGCCCCCCGCCGGCCCCCCGCCCCGGCCGCGGCCCCCGGCCCCCUAUAUCUGCAACGAGUGCGGCAAGAGCUUCAGCCACUGGUCCAAGCUGACGAGGCACCAGCGCACGCACACGGGCGAGCGGCCCAACGCCUGCGCCGACUGCGGCAAGACCUUCUCGCAGAGCUCGCACCUGGUGCAGCACCGGCGCAUCCACACGGGCGAGAAGCCGUACGCCUGCUCCGAGUGCGGCAAGCGCUUCAGCUGGAGCUCCAACCUCAUGCAGCACCAGCGCAUUCACACGGGCGAGAAGCCCUACGCCUGCCCCGACUGCGGCCGUAGCUUCACGCAGAGCAAGAGCCUGGCCAAGCACCGGCGCUCGCACAGCGGCCUCAAGCCCUUCGUGUGCCCGCGCUGCGGCCGCGGCUUCAGCCAGCCCAAGAGCCUGGCGCGCCACCUGCGGCUGCACCCGGAGCUGUCGGGGCCCGGCGUGGCGGCCAAGGUGCUGGCGGCCAGCGUGCGCCGGGCCAAGGCGCCCGAGGAGGCGGCGGCGGCGGACGGCGAGAUCGCCAUCCCCGUGGGCGACGGCGAGGGCAUCAUCGUGGUGGGCGCGCCCGGCGAGGGGGCCGCGGCGGCCGCCGCCAUGGCGAGCGCGGGGGCCAAGGCGCCGGGGCCCCGCUCGCGGCGCGCCCCGGCCCCCAAGCCGUACGUGUGCGUGGAGUGCGGGAAGGGCUUCGGGCACGGGGCGGGGCUCCUGGCCCACCAGCGCGCCCAGCACGGGGACGGGCUCGGGGCGGCGGGGGGCGAGGAGCCCGCGCACAUCUGCGUGGAGUGCGGCGAGGGCUUCGUGCAGGGCGCGGCGCUGCGGAGACACAAGAAGGUGCACGCCGUGGGCGCGCCGUCCGUCUGCAGCCGCUGCGGACAGAGCUACUACCGGGCGGGCGGGGACGACGACGACGACGACGACCACGAGGCGGCGGGGGGGCGCUGCAGCGAGUGCCGCGGCGGGGAGGGCCGGUAGGGGCGGAGGCCCGGGGGGGGGGGCAGGGCCCCUCGGGCUUGGCGGGGACGAUGGUCGGAGCAGGACCCGGAGGAGGCGGAGACAUGGACUGAGGCGGCGGGGGGCGGUGGCCUCCUCGUCUCGCUCCCCUGCGCCGCCCCGCGGUCGGCGCGGUGCAACGGGCGCCCCCGCCCUGCGCUCUGCCCCCGGCCUGGCCCGCCCUCCCGGUUCUCUUCUCGGUGAGUCCGGGACCGACCGUGCGGAGAACUGGAGACCGGAGACCGAGAGAGAGCGGCCCCUGGCCCCUCUUCCUCUUCCCCCGCCGCCUGGGGCGCUCGCGAGGGAUGGAGAGCAGCCGGGCCCCUCCCGUGCAGGCGAGCCUGGGGAGGGAAGGGAGAGAGGGCCCUUUUCCCUUUAGAGUUUUCGUUUAAUCGCGCCCGCCCCCUGACUCCCCCCUCCCGUUGUUUUUUUCUCUUCUUCCCCUCGGGUCCUGUUUUUCUUGGCCCUCGUCCCUCCUCCCCUUCCUGGGUUUGGGGUCGUGGAGGAGCGCUGGAGCAGGACUAGCCCCUGUUCCCAGGGUAGCCCACAGAGAAUGGGGUCCCGUCUGUUCCCGGGCCUGGACGGGGCUGAAGGAGGGGUGCGGGGGCAAUAAAUCGCACUAUCUGAUUGUC